AUGGAUGAUACUACCCAAUAUGAUGAGCAGCCCUUGGAUGCUGUUUUUGGAGACAGAGUAAGACGAUUCCAGGAAUUUUUAGACAGGAUAGAUGCCAAUACUGGUGUUGAUUACAGAGCCCAAAUCAGAGAUUUAAUUAUCAAAGGUAAAUAUAGAUUAAAUGUUUCAAUUGACCAAAUCAGAGAUUUUGAUAGAGAGUUUUGGCAAGGAUUAUUAAACCAGCCUGCUGACUACUUGCCAGCGUGCGAACGUGCGUUAAGAGACACGGUUUUGACAAUUUACGACCCAAGUGAUUCAUCUUUUCCAAGUGAUUUUGACGCAAACCAACAGUAUUACUUGAGUUUCAAAGGGGCUUUUGGUGGCCAUUCAAUUACCCCAAGGUCCAUAGACUCAAACUACUUAUCAAAAAUGGUAUCGAUAGAAGGUAUUGUCACUAGAGCUUCUUUGGUUCGUCCCAAGGUUAUUAGAUCCGUCCAGUACGCAGAUGCAACUGGUAGAUUCUACGCAAGAGAAUAUAGAGAUCAAACGACAUCUUUUGACGCUAUUUCGACGCCUCCAAUCUACCCUACUGAAGACAUGGAUGGUAACAAGUUGACCACAGAGUAUGGAUACUCAACGUACAAAGACCACCAGAAAAUUUCAGUACAAGAAAUGCCAGAGACUGCCCCCGCUGGUCAGUUACCCAGAUCCGUGGAUGUCAUUUUAGAUGAUGACUUGGUGGAUCUCACAAAACCAGGAGACCGUGUUCAAAUUGUCGGAGUUUAUCGUGCAUUGGGUGGAGGAGUAAAUAACAACUCUUCAUUCAAAACCGUCAUUUUGGGUAACUCGGUUUACCCAUUACACGCUAGGUCCACAGGUGUUGCUUCACAAGAAAAGAUUACAGAUCACGAUAUUAGGAAUAUUAACAAGCUUUCCAAAGACAAGAAAAUUUUUGACAUAUUGUCACAGUCGUUGGCUCCUUCAAUUUACGGGUUUGAACAUAUAAAGAAAGCUGUCUUGUUAAUGAUGAUGGGAGGGGUGGAAAAGAAUUUGGACAAUGGUACACAUUUGAGAGGAGAUAUUAAUAUCUUGAUGGUAGGUGACCCUUCGACUGCAAAGUCUCAAAUUUUGAGAUUUGUUUUGAAUACCGCUUCGUUGGCUAUUGCUACAACUGGGAGAGGAUCUUCUGGUGUUGGUUUGACUGCCGCAGUUACCACCGACAAAGAAACCGGAGAAAGAAGAUUGGAGGCCGGUGCAAUGGUUUUAGCUGACAGAGGGAUUGUGUGUAUUGACGAGUUUGACAAAAUGUCGGACUCAGAUAGAGUGGCAAUUCACGAAGUAAUGGAACAACAGACGGUCACAAUUGCCAAGGCUGGUAUCCAUACAUCUUUGAAUGCUCGUUGUUCAGUUGUUGCAGCUGCUAAUCCAGUGUUUGGCCAGUAUGACGUUCAUAAGGAUCCACACAAGAACAUUGCCUUACCAGAUUCGCUAUUGUCUCGUUUCGAUUUGCUAUUUGUUGUUACAGAUGAUGUCAAUCCGACCAAGGACAGGGUCAUUUCGGAACACGUUUUGAGAAUGCACCGAUUUGUGCCACCAGGAAUGAUGGAAGGGGAACCAAUUAGAGAGAAAUCAGGUGUUACGUUGGCCGUUGGUGACGAUGAAGUGAAUGAACAGGAGUUAUCGGAGCAGCCCGUUUUUGAAAAAUUCAAUGCAUUAUUGCAUGCUGGUGUUGCAAGAAAUUCCAAGAAAUCACCUACUAUCUUGUCUAUUCCAUUUUUGAAAAAGUAUAUCCAAUAUGCCAAACAAAGAAUCAAGCCUGUGUUGACGAAAGCUGCUUCAGAUUAUAUUGUCACUACCUACUCGUCACUUCGAAACGACUUGAUUGGUAACAAUCAAAGAAACACAGCUCCUAUCACUGCGAGGACUUUGGAGACAUUAAUUCGGUUAGCCUCAGCUCAUGCUAAAGUGAGAUUGUCCAAAAGUGUUGAAGUCCAGGACGCUAAAGUUGCUGAAGAAAUGUUGAGAUAUGCUUUGUUCAGGGAAAUUGCAAAGAAGCAAACAAAAAAGAGAAGAACUGUUGCUGAAACUUUUGAUUCGGAGCUGGAAUCUGAUGAAGACUCGGAGGAGGAUGUUGUUAGUACAAGACCAUCCACGAGAAGAACCAGGUUAAUGGAGCAACAACAGCAACAGCGACAGCAACAGCAACAGCAGCAGCAGCAGCAAGGAACUCCAGACACCACACCAGAACCACCUUUGGGUGAGCAGGACCAAGAUGGGGACACCGAAGAAGUUGGCGAUGAGUUGGAGCAAUUCCACAUAACAAAUGAGAACGAACAACAGACCAACCAGCAGCAGGACGCUCCUCAAGCAUUGAACGUACAUCCUCUCAGCGAUAGAGCAACAAACACAGCACACCAAUCCAAUAUCAGUUCUGAAAGGUUCCAAACGUUCCGCAGAGUGCUACAAAGAGUUAUUCGCUCAGAUACUUUUAAUGGUCCAGAAUCUCAGCGUGUUGCACCAAUCGAGAGCGUAAAGAGUGCGAUCAACGAGGAAAUGGCACAGGAGGAGAAAUUUGCAGAUUCUGAAAUUGAAGCCGGACUUGAAAAGAUGCAAGAGGAUAACAAGAUUUUCCUUGCUGAGGGCAAAGUUUGGACCAUGUAG